CUCUUGCCUCAUCAUCUCAUCUGGCAUCGCGAUUAAUAACACGCCGCAUAGUACCUCACACGCGUACCAUAGUAUCCACAGCCAUGUCCAAAGCCGAGGGAACCACCUGCUGCCCGCCGUCGGCGCCCAAGCCCAAGGUCGCGCACCCCGUGUCUGAGCAGGGCGCGUACGAGCCGCGGGGAAAGCUGGUAAAGGCCGGCGACUUUGAGCAGGUCUACGUCACCGGGCCCGAUGACGCCGAGCAUGCCAUCCUCGUCGUGUACGACAUCUUUGGCUUCUGGGAGACGACGCUGCGUGGCUCGGACCUCCUCGUCUCCAACCUCCAGCUCACCCUCCCGCACAAGGUGUUCAUGCCUGACCUGUUCCGCGGCAAGCCCUUCCCGCCUGACAAGGACGGGGACAAGGAGGAGCUGGGCAAGUUCUUUGCUGGCACUGCCAACCUUGAGAAGCGCCUCCCCGAGGUCAUCAAGUUCGCCGAGUACUUGAAGAACGAGCGCGGCUUCCACUCGGUCUCGCUGCUCGGCUACUGCUGGGGUGGCAAGAUUACGCUGCUGUCGCUCUCGAGCCAGCUGCCACACCACGAGAGCUCAGUCUUCACGUGCGGCGCGACGGUCCACCCUGCCAUGAUCGCCGUCGACGACGGCAAGCACCUCGACCGCCCGCUCGCCUUUUUCCCGAGCAAGGAUGAGCCAAAGGACGUCAUCGACUCGAUUGUCAGCGCGAUGCAGCACAAGAAGUUUGAGGAGCAGUGUGCCUACCACUUUUACAACACUGUGCACCACGGAUGGGCGGCUGCCCGCGCCGACCUCAACGACCCCGAGAACUUCAAGCAGUACGAGGAUGUGUAUCAGCGUCUCGCCGACUACUUUGCGCGGGUCGACUGCGCGAGCUCGUGAGCGCUGCCCAGUCGGCGCACGCGGCUGAAUCAGCAGACCCGGGCAGAGUAGGCUAUGAAUCAUGAUGUUCAAGCGCCGUUUAGUCGUGACGCUCAAGUUCGUGCCGUUGGAGAGUCCAGUCGCAGUCGCCGGGGCAUGGCAUUCUCGGCGCGCUGCGCGGUGUGAUGUACGACUUGCCUUGGCGUG